CCAAAAUGAUCAAAUUAUGGGGGGACUAUCAAGAAUGACUUGAUGGCGGUUCGCAUGCGACGAGGCAACUCCACCAAACGUAGCGCCCACCACGCAGCACGAGUGAAAUGUUCCGUCGCAUUCUGCGCACACCAGGCGUGCAUGCUGCGACAAGAAACGUCUAUCGACGUGCUCCCCAUUUAAGCUUUGCAACUCAUUCGAUGUCAACUGCCUCCAUGGCCGCCGCGCGACCUGUGGAAGGUCGUGCAGUGGCGGCAGCCACAUGUUUGUUGAUGUGUGCAGGUGUGUCUGCUGUAUCGUUGUGCGACGACAACAACCGUGACUUGAGCGUGGAGGAAGUGAUUGCUUUGUACGAACAAGUGGACGCCAACAUGCGCAUCCUGGCCCAAAAGCUCAUGGAAGCACUGGCUCAUGACAUCGAUCUGGAACACGAGAAAGACGAGGCGGACCGGUUGAGCGUCGAGCAGCGCGCGAUUCAAAUGAGCGAUUCGUUCGAAACGUUGCUCAGUCAAGUGCAGGACUCGGUGUUUCGCAACCACUACGUCACCAAGGACCAAGUGGCCGCCGCGAUGCAACGCAUGGAGUCGGGGAAACUGAAGCUCCGAGACGAAGAGGCAGAAACCAUCCAAGAAUACAUUCGAAAGCUUGGCCGCUUGCGGUGGGAGUGCACCGGGUCCCGCGACCCCAUCCGAGGACGGCUGAGCCCCCAGCGCCGCCCCAAGCCCAGCGCCUCGCCCAUUCCUCGUGACGUGGUUGUUCAAAUCGCCAAUGCUUUGAUUCCUUCCUUGACACGAGACAUGGAGCUGAUUGUGGCCACGUUAAAGCACGACGAAGCGGACCUGCAAGCUCCAGCUGUGCGCCAACGCCUCGCCAAGCUCUACUUGGACGCCUCGCAAGCCACCACGGAACGGAUUGCUCUCAAGUACAACGUCACUGUCGAAGCCCUGCAAGAUGCAUUGCUCUAUUUCCACGACGACAAGAAGUUUCAAGAUAUGUUGACGGCACUCACGGAACACCAACAUCAACGGUUCGUCGAGUUGGGGUUGUAGUUAAUUAAGAUAAGGUUAUUUCUGGAGCCAAUCCAUGGUGGCGGACUGGCCUACACGAUGAUGUUUGGGUUGCCUGUGACUAACGUCCACAGCAUGCACACUUGGCACUUGUGCGGACUUGUGGGGGGCUCUAACGACGGACUAUUUGGGCUAUUCGAGGGGCUAAGACUAUUGGUACUACGGGAGACGCACGCGUGGGUGCGAUACUGGUCAACGAGACGCCGCGUGGACUUGCACAGCGCUUUGUCGCAGCGGUGGCUGUCGUGGCAUUGCUGGAAGUGGAGCAAGCCUUUGCGUACAGACGUGACUUUCUUGACCAGUUCACGCUUCUUUAGGUCGUGGGACAGCAUCGGACCACGGACCGCAGGGAUGACAACAGGCUCGACCCCGUGACAGAGGGACGGAAUGGACAUUACUUUGGACGAAGACAUACGGGGAACGCAGCACAUGAAGACAGGAAUCUUGGAGGUGGCGGCGGCGGUCGUCGUGACUGAGAGGUUGUUGGUGAGGGUAGUGAGAAUGCGCUUGAAGCCGACUGCUGCGUGCGCUAGUGAUCACCUGUACUUCCGAGCUGGAAAUUGC